GCUCAUCCUGAAGUUAUUAACAUUCUUUUACAGAUACUAGAUAACGGAUUUUUGACUUUGGCUAAUGGUCGGGAAGUUAACUUCCGCAACACGAUUAUCAUUUUGACAACUAAUUUAGGUUCGGAAUUAUAUUUUGAAAAUAAGGAAAUGAAAGAGAUAAAAGAGGAAUUAAAUGCUGAACUAAAAAAUCAUUUUCGUCCGGAAUUUCUUAAUCGGCUUGACGAAAUAAUUUUCUUUAAUUUUUUAAGCAGAAAGGUUGUUAAGGAAAUUAUUAGCAAAGAAUUACAAUUUUUUAUCCAACGAAUCGCGUCGGAGAAAAAUAUUAAAUUGCGAUAUAGCGAGGAAGUGGUGGAAAAAAUUCUGAAUGAGGCUUACUCGAUUGAGUAUGGGGCUCGGCCGAUUAAACACUAUAUUGAAAAAAAAAUCGGCACUUUGGUGGGACGAGGCAUUGUCUCACAAUUUCUUCAUAUGGGUGGCAAUUACACUCUUAAUUUAGAAGAAGGGACUGAGGAAAUUAAAAUGACU